CUAUCACAUGCACAUAAACCUUGAACUUCUUGAAGCCACCCAUUUGAUUUGUGCUAUGCUUCUCGAGGUUCCCAAUAUGGCAUCUAACACCCACGACUCCAAGCGCAAGGUAAUUAGCAAGACAUUCCGUCGGCUACUUGAUGGAAGUGAGAGGCAAACAUUUGUUGGCCCCCCUGAGAAUGUCCGAGACCAUGUCAUGGCUGCCACCAGAGCCCUGAAUAAGGGAGAUUACCAGAAGGCGUUCAAUGUUAUCAAGUCUCUCGACAUUUGGAAGCUCCUUCGAAACCGUGAUGCUGUGCUUGACAUGCUUAAUACAAAGAUAAAGGAGGAGGCUCUCCGAACCUACUUGUUUGCUUAUUCCUCGUGUUAUAAAUCCCUUAGUCUUGACCGAGUUACUGCCCUGUUUGAUCUUUCUGAUGUGCACGCACACAGCAUCAUUAGCAAGAUGAUGAUCACAGAGGAGCUUCAUGCAAGCUGGGAUCAACCAACACAAUGUAUUGUGUUCCAUGAAGUUGAGCAAACAAGGCUACAGGGUCUCUUGUUCCAGAUGGCAGAUAAACUUGGCAUCUUAGCUGAAAUCAAUGAAAAAGCUUUUGAGGUUAGGACUGGUGGUGGGCUUGAUGGGCUGCCACCACGAAGGAGGGGCGAGGGACAGGAAUUUGGUGGCUCAGUAGUUUCUGGGAGGUGGCAGGAAAAUUUCCUCUCUGCAUCUCAAGGAAGAAGUCGAGCUGGUUAUUUGAGCUCCAGGUCAGGACAAGUGGCAGGAGGGUUUCCCAAGGAAAGGGCUGGAGCUGGGCAGCGAGGCGGCGCAAGUGGUUAUUCGAGCUCCAGGUACCAGGAUGCUUAUGGUAGUACCGGAGGGAGGACGCCAUACCAGAGCGGCUCCUCGGCGAGAGGAUCACAGAUUGAUGGUGCUGGGCGCAUGGUCAGCCUUAAUAAGGCUGGUAGAAUUUAUUAGGUGUUAGCAAGUCUAAAAGUGCCGUUGCCCGGCUGGCUUGAGAUUCCAGUGAUUUGUGUACUCUGAAACUCUUUUGCCUUCUUUAUAUUAUUCAAAUGUCCUUGUAUCUCUCUAUUCCCAUAUGUUGUUUUCUUUUGCUACUUACUAGAAAUUGUAGCUGGAUAUUGACAGCAUGUUGCUUUCAAUGUUUCCCGGAGAAUGGAGCGUCUUCGUCCUUUGCUUCCAAAAAGCCUACCUAAUUAAGAGAUUUUAAUGAUUGCUACCAUCGUAUGUGUUAACAAGAAAAUAUCUUUAUAAAUGAAGGAGCUUUUUGUUGAA